CUGUGCCGGGACCGUGAUACACUAGGCUCGCCUCACACGUCCAGCAUCAGGAACGCCAGGUACAUCACGAGAAAAAACCACGGGCAGAACAGGUACAUACAAAUAGACAUCGUUCUCUGUUUGAGGGACCUUGUGGGACUAAAACUGGGUAUAGUUUCUGUGAUCGUAUCUGGAUGCGGAGUAUCUGUUGUCGGACUCGGUGUGAGCACGUGCAGGUCGCGCGUGCGUCUGGCGGCGCGGCGGCACUCUGACUGGACGCGCUCACACCGCGUGCUCGGUGCUCACGCUAAGCGCGCACACGAUAUCCGCUCACCGAGAUAUAUAUAUAUACAAUGUAUAACAACACCGUAUAUACCUUGA